AUGCUGUUCGCGGCGGCGGUCGGCUUCAAUGUGGCCUCCUGCCUUGGAACCGGCGGCGGUGCCGCCAACUGCAGCUUCAGACACAGCAGCAGGCUGGGCAGGUUAUGGGGGGCGCCGUUUAGGAACAGCAGCACUGGUGCCCCAAAUGCCACCGGUUCAGCGCCGGUUGUAGAGGUUGCAGCAGCAAAGCCUGGAGGCUCAGAGAGGCGUCUGCCACCGGGGAUCGUGGUCUCGGAGUCUGAUCUUCACCUGCGCCGGCUAUGGGGAUCCCCAAGAGAGGACAGCCCAACUGGCAAGUACCUCCUCGCGCUCGCGGUAGGGUACGGCGAGAGAGAAAAUGUCAAUGCAACUGUUCACAAGUUCUCUGACAAUUUCGAUAUCGUGAUGUUCCACUACGAUGGCCGCACGACGGAGUGGGACCAAGAGUUCGAGUGGUCGAAGAAGGUCGCCCAUGUCAGCGGUAGGAAGCAGACCAAAUGGUGGUUCGCUAAGAGGUUCUUGCACCCGAGCGUCGUGGUGUCCUAUGACUACGUGUUCGUGUGGGACGAGGACCUUGGUGUCUACAACUUCGCCGCGGAACCGUACCUCGACAUCGUGAGGAGGCACGGGCUGGAGAUCUCGCAGCCGGGGCUGGACACGACCAAGGGGUCGGCGCCGAUGUACGACAUCACCGCCAGGAAAGACAGCAGCGAGAUGCACAAGACAGAUGCAAGGGGAGAGCAUUGCUGGGACGUGCACAAGCGGCCCUGCAGCGGGUAACUAACUGAAUUCUUCACUCCAGUGUCAUCUUCUGAAGAUUCAAGCACGGAUGCAGCUUCGUGGAGAUGAUGGUGCCG